CAAGCUGGACCUUCCCAGGCAAUGAACCUUACCUCUCACUAUGAGGAAGCGUCACCUGUAGCUCUUCGAGUAUCUUGAGACUUGACCUCAAGACAUCCCGACGAUUCAAUCUCAUACCAUAUCUCAAGCUCUGAGUCCCGAACCUGACCGCUCAUGUGAUCGAUCCCAUCAGCCACGUCGAACCUCGUCUACCUAGGCUACUCCGAUAACGAACUCCUCAAAACCGAGCAGACAGGAAGGAGAGCACAGAGACACACAACACGAGGAGCACCGCAAACGCAAACACCCUCAACACCCGAACGGCCCAGCCCCAACGCCGACCGGCAACUCCACAACCCACCACCUCCAACUGCUUCGUAUCCUGCUCUACACCUCGCUCCAGAGCCCGGGCUCUACGGGCCACGACCCUCCCAAACCAUGGGCCUCGCCUACAACGUCUACCUAUCCGCCAAACGCAUCUACGGCUGCAAAAACUGCAAAACCCACCUCGCCGACCACGACGAAAUCAUCAGUAGGAACUUCCGCGGCCAACACGGCAAAGCCUACCUCUUCAACAGCGUAGUAAACAUCCAAGCCGGCGAAGCCGGCGAACGCAACAUGACGACCGGCCGACACGUCGUGCGCGACAUCUUCUGCCGACAAUGCAAAGAGAUCGUAGGAUGGAAGUAUGAUCGCGCGUACGAGAGUACCGAGAAGUAUAAAGAGGGGAAAUUCAUCUUGGAGCAGGAGUUGCUGUGUCAGGUGAAUUGAUCUAAGAGCUGAGCUGAGGGCUGGGAGAAAUGAUACAGGAGAGGGAUGAGGAGACGGAGCAGCUGUGCGGUAUGUGGAUAUUUGUGCAAAUGACAGGAGAGAAUAUGACAUGACGUGACAAAUGAGAUUUUUGGGCUGGGUCGGGCGUUUGGCUGGAUGCAAGGCGCUGGGGCAAAGGAGGUGUGGUAUAAGGAAGGAUUCACGGCGUUCACAAUACUUGAGUCUGGACAUACUCGUACAGUCGCAGAUGUCAAACGAGACUAACAUGCAAGGCCACAUGGGGGACAUAUAUGACACCACCAAGUUGGCUGUCAAUGGACACAUAUCACCAAGAAUGGAAC